GAAAUAUGCUUAAAGAAGAUAAAAGGGAUAUUCGAAGAAAAAUUCUUCGAAUAUUCUCUCUCUUACCGUUAUAUUCCUUCAAUUCUCCUUUCUAACUACUUCAUUUCACAAUCGCCAUUGCCAUCACCACCACCAGAAUUCGAUUAUCAGUUCAUUUUUCCGGCCGUCGGAAACUGUGGUUAUGAAGUUCGGCAAGAGUCUGAGCAACCAGAUCGAAGAAACUUUGCCGGAGUGGCGGGAUAAAUUUUUGUCCUACAAGGAGUUGAAGAAGCGGCUCAAGCUUGUUGAGCCUAAAGGCGGUGAACGACUGAGCAAGCGGCCGAGAAUUGAUGCGGAGGACGAUUCUUCAUCGAGUGAGGAGAUGAAUUUCAUUAAGUUAUUGGAGGAUGAGCUUGAGAAAUUUAAUAGUUUCUUUGUUGAAAAGGAGGAAGAGUACAUCAUCAGAUUGAAGGAGCUACAAGAUAGGGUCGGAAAAGCAAUGGAUUCCAAUGAAGAGAUGGUUAAAAUUCGCAAGGAAAUUGUGGACUUCCAUGGAGAAAUGGUUCUCUUGGAAAAUUAUAGUGCCCUUAACUUUACAGGACUUGUGAAAAUCUUAAAGAAGUAUGACAAAAGGACUGGUGCGCUGAUCCGCCUACCCUACAGUCAGAAGGUUCUGCAACAGCCUUUCUUUACAACCGACCUGCUUUACUCGCUCGUGAAGCAGUGUGAGAUGAUGCUGGAUCUUCUAUUCCCUUUGAAUGAGCUGCCUUCUUCUGGUUCAAAUGGAGUCGAUGAAGUCGGUGCUCCUACAAAGCCAGCCACCACCAACAUUGAUGAUCUGCUUAAAGCAACUAAGGAACUAUCAGAGAUUGAGUAUAUGGAGUCACUUUAUAUGAAAAGCACUGUGUCUGCAUUACGGGUUUUGAAGGAAAUCCGAAGUAGGAGCUCGACUGUGAGCGUCUUCUCAUUGCCACCGUUGCAAAUGAAUGGAUUAGAGGAUACAUGGAAGAACGUUCCAGUGCUAGAAGAAGUAGCCAAGUAGAGGAUGGUUCAGAUAUCACCAACUAUAAGGAAGUUCCCUUUUAGUUUUGUAUGUCUUCCUUUGAUGUUCGUGUGGAGUACUUUUGAUACUAACAGUAACACAUGUAAAACUAAAGUUCAAAUGAUGUAGAAUCUUAUAAAGGAAUGGUAAUGUUUACGAUAUAUUUAGCAACCUUUGCCUACUAAA